AGUGCUGAAUAAAUCAGGUGACACGCUCCAUCUCCCUGUUUAGAUGGAACGAGCCUUGGAAGCUGGCUGCACAGAUACAGCGGGCGAAGCUUGAGCGUACAGUCCGGGAGUGGAGCCGCUGGGGAAAGAGAAGCUGGCAACCGUAAGGGAACCUUUGCUUUUGGCAGCCGUGGAGAGGAGGAAGGAACAACACCGGCCAUGGCUUCAAAUUUUAACGAUAUAGUGAAACAGGGAUACGUGAAAAUCCGCAGCAGAAAGCUUGGGAUGUACAGACGGUGUUGGCUGGUAUUUAAGAAAGCCUCCAGCAAAGGUCCUAGAAGGUUAGAGAAAUUUCCUGAUGAAAAGGCAGCCUAUUUCCGGAACAUGCACAAGGUAACUGAGCUGCACAGCAUCAGGAACAUAAGCAGGUUGCCCCGAGAGACAAAGAAACAUGCUGUGGCAAUUAUCUUUCAUGAUGAAACAUCAAAGACAUUUGCCUGUGAGUCAGAACUGGAAGCAGAGGAAUGGUGUAAGCUUCUUUCUGUUGAAUGCUUGGGAUCCAGGCUCAAUGAUAUCAGCUUUGGGGAGCCAGACCUACUAGCAGCUGGAGUUCAAAGAGAACAAAACGAGCGGUUUAAUGUUUACUUGAUGCCAACACCCAACUUGGACAUUUACGGAGAAUGCACCAUGCAGAUCACACAUGAAAACAUUUACCUCUGGGACAUCCACAACCCCAGAGUGAAACUGGUUAUGUGGCCACUCAGCUCUCUCAGACGUUAUGGAAGAGACUCAACUUGGUUCACAUUUGAGGCCGGCAGAAUGUGUGAUACAGGAGAGGGACUCUUUACAUUUCAGACACGGGAAGGAGAGAACAUCUACCAGAAGGUACAUUCAGCAACUCUGGCCAUAGCUGAACAGCAUGAACAACUAAUGCUGGAAAUGGAGAAAAAAACACGGCUGCAGUCCAGUCCCAGCGAGGAGAUGGCACUCAUGACAAUAACACUCCCUCGAAGUGCGUACUGGCAUCACAUCACGAGGCAGAGCAGUGUCAGUGAACUCAACAGCUUACAAGGAAAUGAUUUAAAUUUGACAAAGGUUCCUCGGGCACAGACCUUCCCUAGCUACAUCUCAGAACAGAGUCAUGAGCACCAAUAUUUAUUAUCUCCAUCGAGUGGCUAUGGAUCAAGCUACAGCUCUGGGCUGGCCCAGUGA